GUGGAGAAAAAAAAAAAAAAGAGAAGGAGGGAGGAGUGGGAGAGAGGAGGAGAGAGGGAGAAAGUGAGCUCACGUUCACACAUUGGUGAAGAGGCUGGUCUUGCAAUGCCUUUGAAUAUUUUACUUUUAGGCAGUUCCUCAUCAGUCAGCCACACACAUCCGAGGCGAGCUGAAGCUAACUACAGCCAUGGACAGCACUGGGAGAUCUGAGAUCUGACUGCACGCAUCAUACCUCCGGGAUAUUUUUUAAAUUACAUAUAUAAACACGCCGACAGGCAGCCGAGCUCACACACACACACACACACACACACACACACACACUCUCAUACACAUCCACACAUCGCAGAGCCGCCAGCACCCGCACGGCCGCCGAGCAAACACCUUGUCUCCUCUCACAGGAUAUACCCGCUCACACACAUCUCUCUUUAUCUCCUCCUGGCUUCCCGGAGGAUCCUGCCGGCUGUUUUUCAUGGAGAAAGUCCAGGGAGAAAUGGAGAUUGAGAGAUGGGAAAGAAGUGAAGAGAUCUCAGACGCAGAAAAAAAGGUUAUUCAAGAGAUAUGGAGCAGAGUAUAUGCGAACUGCGAGGACGUUGGGGUCUCCAUACUCAUCAGGUUUUUUGUGAACUUCCCCUCGGCCAAGCAGUACUUCAGCCAGUUCAAGCACAUGGAGGACCCCCUGGAGAUGGAGAGGAGCUUGCAGCUGCGUAAGCACGCCCGGCGGGUCAUGGGGGCCAUCAACACUGUGGUGGAGAACCUCAAUGACUCCGAAAAGGUCUCCUCCGUCCUGGCCCUGGUGGGCAAAGCCCAUGCCCUCAAGCACAAAGUGGAGCCCAUCUACUUUAAGAAACUCACUGGUGUCCUGCUGGAGGUCAUUGCUGAGGAAUACCCCAACGACUUCACCCCGGAGGCUCACGGUGCCUGGACCAAGAUGAAGACCCUCAUCUACACCCACGUGACGGCGGCGUACAAGGAGGUGGGCUGGGCUCAGUACCCCACUGCCACCCUGUGAGCGGCCAGCGGGGCCAGGCGAGGGGCAGGGAGGGCUUCACUCACCCCAGGACUUCACUCUGGUCUCUUCUCAAGAUCUUUGCUCAGUCUGAGGAGCCUGGUAGGGCCAGCUCUGUCAGCUGCCAAGUCACAAUUUGAUCUCCAUGGGGUUUAAAAACAAAAGAAAUAAGCCAAAAAAACCUACAGAACCACAAAGGGUGUGGGUGGGUCGGGGUGAAGCAGUUGCAGGGGACGCUGGAAGGGGAUGCAGAGGGUGAGGGGAGAGCACUGGUUGUUGGCUCCAUCUUACUGUCCUGGCCUGUCCACCACCACCUCCCAAAUCCUGCACCUCACUUGCGCCAUCUCAAAGUCCCUUGCACAAGCGCUGCCGCCCCGUUCGAUGAUGAACAACACAACCCUCAUUUUCCGUGCAAAGCCCCUGGGUUAGGCCCGGCUUUGGGGGGCACAGUGCUUAUGGAGACGUCCAGCUGCCCAGCUGGCACUGAAAAUGCUUUGCUUUGCACUUUGUGUGUCCCCUGGCAGGGUGGCAGAGCUGACAGCUGUGCCCACAGCGCUCUCGGUGCCCGUCACCCUGCACUCUGGGCUGGCUGCAGUCACCCUGCACUCUGGGCUGGCUGCAGCUGUCACCUCUCCCGUCACCCACAGUCCCUCUCCUUGGCUGGCUGCUGCAAACCCCCCUGGGGCUGGAGGGAGUGAGGGGGAGGGAGAGACGUGCUCCUGCAGCGUGAGAGAGUGGGGAAGGAGGGGGAUGCCUUUGGGCUGCCUCCCCUCGUGCCUCGGAGCAUGGUGUGUAGGUGGGAUCCCUGUGUCAUAUGUAGGGAGCUGGUGAGUCCACCCACUGCCCUUCAGCUCCCUGAGGAUGAGCUUGGGUGGCACAUGUUGUGCCAUUGCCCUGGGAGCUGGUGUGUGUAGGUCUGUCUGUCCAGCUCUGCCCUGCACGGUGAGAAGGGGGGUUUGGGCUGUGACCAGGAGGGGAAAGAUGGUAUGGACACAGCAGGAGGGAUUCCUAGGUGUGAAGAAAGGUCCCUUCUCUGUUAAAAUUAAUAAAUAACUUGUUGUAUAUUUACAUAUUCCUGCCCUCUUGGUGACACUGGGUUCCUUCAAAUAAAGUGCCUGGUAGAAAUCAGCCCAUGCAGGAGCUGUGUGCCCUGCCCGGGGACGGCAGUGCUCCUAUCUGUGCCUGACAGAGGCUUCUCCCCUGCCCCCCAAAAAGUGGUUGCAGGGCUCGCAGCACUCAUCCUGCCUCCAACACCAACUCCUGCUGGGCCUCCGGGUGAGUCUGCUCGGUUUGUGCCUCAGUUUCCCCUGCAGUUACAGGAAAAAGGGAGGAGAAGCAGCCCCGUUGCCUCCUGCCCAUGAGUGGUUGGAUUUAUAGGAUUUCUGGGAACUGAUUGGCAAGGGGUUGAGGAUGUGCCAGAUGUGCUGGGAAGCUUUGGAAUCCUUGUCAUCCAGUAUUUCCCUAAAGGUCUCUUAUUUUUAGAGCUCUAGCACUAAGGACAAUGUUAUCUGUUGAAGUGGAAGGGGGUUCCCUUCCAAGAUUUCCUCUGGCCUCACUCCACUACUUGUCCUGGAGAGCUGGCAGCUUCCUGAGAGAGACCAGCUCCUCUCCUGGAUGCCAGCUGGAUAGGCAGAGAGCCCAUGGUUCCUACUGGGAUCCCCAGGGCCACCUUGGGGACAUCCCCCUGCCAUGGGGACACGGACCCCAGCCCUGCCCUUUCCACUGUGCCAAGGUGUCAGCACAGCCCGUGGCUGGGGAGCAACCCCAGGACUGCUGCUCAGAGCAGCAGGGCAGGUGUGUCUGGGUGAAUGUGCCCCUCCUUGGAGGGCUCUGUUGGAUGCAGCCAGGAGUUUGUGCCAUCACCCAGUGCCCUGGCUCUGGGCAAAGUGGAUUUGGAGAAGGCUCUAAACCUCUUGGCUGCAUUCCCCAGUGUUCCCUUACCUUCCUGCAGAGCCAGAGGAGCAGAGUUAGUCCCAGAAUAGCUCCAGGGCUUCAAUAAUGUCACUACAGCCAAUCUGGCCUUGCAGUUCUUUCCUUCCUAUGUCCCACAGUAAAACUGAUGGAGCAAUGGCACCUGGAGUGAUGGCACAUCCUGGGUGUCCAUUGGGUGGAAGUUAUGGCUCAGGGCACAGCUGUCCUUGGCAUGGCAGGGUGUGAGAUCAAGGAGGUUGAAAAAGGAAGGCACAGGGUGACAGGUGAUGCUACCUUUGCUCAUGAGGCGGGCUGUCAUUUAGAGCCAACACCCCCAAAAUUCAGCCCAUCAGCCUGCACUGGUGAAGGUGCCAGCAGCUGCUGCCUCUGGCUCCCAUCAGAGUGUCAAAGCAGCUGCUCAUCCCUCAUGUCAGUGAAGGCAUCCUUCAAGCAGCUGUUGCUGCCCAGGUCGGGAAUGGAUGGGAAAAGCCCGUUCAGCAUUGACUUUGCUCCAGUGCAGGACUGGAGAGCAAUUUCUUGGACAAGACUGUUAGAUUAUAUUUUUGUGUGUGCACAUCAGAGGACUCUCACGAGCACAGCUUCCCCAGUUCCUGCCAAAACCUUGAGGCCAGCAGCACAUGUUUUUGAUGAGUUCAUGUACUCCCUGUGCCCUGCAGUUGCUGGGCCAGGGGUGUUUCUGUAGAGGGAUGUUUCAUCUUCAGACAAAAUUUGCACAUUAACCUUCAAGGUUAAUAUUGUCCAGGUGGGAAUUUUAUUUUUGCAGUGCAAGCCCUUCCCUUCCCACGACCAAAACUGGGCUCCCAGUCCACAGGGAAGCCACUUUGGGGUGGCUGGAAAGUCCCCAUGUUUGUACCUGACCCACCCGAGUGCCUUGGUUUUGGGGGAGCAGCAGGGAGGUCCUCCCACUUAGUUUCUCCUUUCUUUUUUUACAUCUCCAGAAAAAAACCUGACCCACGGCCUCGUGUGCCCACGCAUGUGUGUGCUGGGCUUGAGGUUUUUUUCCAGGAACGUUUUCCUAAAGCAAAUCCAGAUGUGUGCAGCUGCUGUCCCUCGAGGAGUGCCCUCUCCCCCCGCCCCCCAUCAGCCAAAUUGCAGGCCAGUCCAAUAGAUGCAAACAAAAACAUGUUUAUUUUUACCAGUUUCGUAGGAAGUAACAUGAAGCAGGAGGGCAGCCAGGGCAAAGCUCCGGGGGGGGGGAGGAGAUGGAGAUAAAGCGAACGCCCCCUCUUUGCCGCCCGCAGCAGAGGAGGUAUUGCUUAAACCGGGAAAAAUUCUCAUCUGGGGAGAGAUGAAAAUGAACAGAAAAAGGGAAAAAAAAAAAUACCAUUCCAGAGUGACAGGGCUGAUAAAUGCCGAGUGGAAGAGCAGAAAGGGAGGCCGGGUCCUGGCUCUGUGCGUGGCUCUCCAGCACACACACACACGCACAGUCGUUCCCUGUUACUGCCAGCCCCAUCCACCCCCAUCCCUGAACCCUCCACAGCUGACUGGGGACCCCCUUAUCCCCCCCUUUCCAUCAGGUCUAUCUAACUCUCUGGGGCUUGAUGUUUCACCUCCUGGCACUCUUAGGCUGAGCUUAGGGCACUUUAGGAUUGGUUUUGCUCUCCUUGGUGGUGGUAGGUAGGGACCAACUUGCAAAGUCCUUCCCCCAAAAUUCACAGGUAAGAAGUUGGGGCUCAGGGCAUGAUGCCAGCACAUGCUGCUCUCUCUCCUGCCCUGGGGAGGAUCCCUGUGUCCCCCAGCCCUGUCCAACCCCUGGCUCAGCACAUUGCCAUUGCCAUCAGGGCUGGGCUUGUACCUGUGAUUGGGAUGGGAAAACCUUUGUGACCCCUGCCAGAGGCAGAUGGAUGAUGAGUAAGGGGGGGAUUUGGUGUCCCUAGGGUAGGUUUUUCCCCCCAAGCACCUCAUCCUGGCUCUCUUUGGGGACACCCACUCAUAUCAACCAACUUUUGUCGCCCCACCCCAAGUUCAAUGUUUGGUCAGAGGGAGCUGAGUGCUGGAGGGAAUGGGAAGUGUUGGGUUGGAGUGGGACACAGAUCCUGUCCACCCUAUCCACUCCCUCCCUGUGGCCAACAUUCAUGGCAGGUUUAGCUCCACAGGCACCUGAACAGCUGGAGAGGCACCCCAGCACCACCACAACCCUUAGGGACCUUGUGCCACCACCCUCAUCUUCUCUUGUGGUGAGACAAAUCCCCAAGGCAGCUGAGCCACGGGUUCUUCCACGGGAGUCCUCUUGCAUCCCUGCCAUUUUGCUCCACUUUGUCCCAGUAAAGGGGAUCCCAGUGUCUCCCCACUCUCUGGGGGUGCCCAGUGACUUCAGUGGGGACCAGAUUUUGUCUGGCUGGACUCUGGUGCCAGAACUCAGCCUUCCCUGCCCCUUGCCGUGGGGAAGCUGCCCUGGUGCAGAGAUGCCGGUGCGAGGGCUGCUUGGGUCCAGCACUGGUGAAACCAGACAGAUGGAUGGGAGGGAAACCCAUGUGCUAACCUUGGACCAACUUAGGGAAAGGGAGGGAUAAAACUACCCGCCUGGGUCUGACCUCUCCGACAGGCUGCGGCGCUAAUUAUUUUCCAUAGCUGAAGUUGUCUCUAAUUGUUAGUAUGUCUUAACCAGUCCCAGCGUGACCCACAGACAUGAGCUGGCGUGGUCUGAUGUAACUCCGUGUCUUUCCUGUUCCUGCUGCAGAUACUGUUCAUGUUCGUGUUUCUCGGCGCUUCCGUGCUGGUUUUAUACUUGGCCGUUCCGUGUACGAUGGGUGUAACUUGUUUUUCUUUUUGUAGGUUUUUAGUAUGUUUGUAACCGGACAAAAUGGUGUUAUUAAACUGAAACUUGUAUCUUCAGUGGAUAAAUCAAUCAAA